AUGGCAGACCCGCAGGGACGAUUUUUAACCCUAGUAGCCCUAAUCAAUGAAGCCACAUAUACCAUAGCCAACGUCUACGCCCCCAACAACAACCAAAGAGACUUCCUAACUAAGGUCCUGUCCAGAAUAGAGGGAGUCCAGCAGGGCGUGCUUGUCCUGAAGGGCGACUUCAAUUGUGUUCAUGACCCCACACUAGAUUCCACCUCUGAUAAAACCCCAGUGAGACUCAAAACAUUACAGAAAUUAGCUAAACAACUAAACUCCCUCUUCGACUCUUACAACCUAUACGACGUCUGGAGAGCGGGUAACCCCUCUUACACAUACUACUCUUCUGUACAGACUGCUAUAGUGGGAUAGACAGAUUCUACCUAAAUGGAUUACACCUCACACAGGUUACUGACUGCAACAUAGGCACAAUCGAGUGGUCUGACCACACCCCUGUCAUCCUUACACUAGCAGACAAAUUUGCUUUCAAAAACAAACCCCCAUGGUGUCUGAAUGAAUUGCUCCUCCAAGACCCACAAUUUUCCCUGAUUAUGGCGACAGAGGUAGACAACUACUUUGCCGUGAACGACACAACAGACACAUAG